CACAGAGACGUGCAUUCAGCUGGAGACGCUCAUCGCCAUGAAUAAAGGAAAUAGCGUUUAAUUAAAAUGCGAAGAAUGUGUCCUAUUUAAAUGCUCCGGUUGUACAAUUUCCGAAAUUUUCGAUAAGCCGAGUGUGAACGACUGUCAUGGAACAGAAUGGUUACCUUUGUGACAGUGAGGUCAAAGAUGAGGACGCGACGGAGACACAGCCGCUCCGCUCCAGGGCCGAAGUGCCGCGUAGCUUCGUUGCUACAGCAGAGCCGGAGCGCAGUCCUGCCGGCGGAGGCGCUCAGGCAGAGCGGCGGGUGUCGAACUCGAGCUCGGGGAGACAGAGGAUCGACUCGCUGAGGAAAAACAGGCCGCCUUUCCCAUGGUUUGGAAUGGAUAUAGGUGGUACUUUGGUAAAGCUGGUUUACUUUGAACCCAAAGACAUCACAGCAGAAGAAGAGCAGGAGGAGGUGGAAAGUCUGAAAAGUAUUCGACAUUACCUCACCUCACACACAGCCUAUGGGAAAACAGGCAUCCGAGAUGUGCACCUGGAACUGGCAAACCUGAUUUUGUGGGGACGCAGGGGCAACCUGCACUUCAUUCGUUUUCCUACACAAGAUCUUCCAGCUUUCCUGCAGAUGGGUCGAGACAAGCAUUUCUCCAGCCUGCAUACCAUUCUCUGUGCCACUGGUGGUGGUGCAUACAAGUUCGAGGCUGACUUCCGCACAAUGGCAGACCUGCAGCUUCUGAAGCUGGAUGAGUUGGACUGUCUGAUUAAAGGUGUCCUUUACAUUGACUCAGUGGUCUCAAGUGGGCCUCCUGAGUGUUACUACUAUGAGAAUCCCACAGACACAGAGCACUGUGAACAGAAAGCCUACAAUCUGGAGAACCCUUACCCUUUGCUUCUGGUCAACAUCGGUUCUGGAGUCAGCAUACUGGCCGUUUACUCCAAAGACAACUACAAACGUGUCACUGGUACCAGUUUGGGUGGUGGUACUUUCCUUGGACUGUGUUGCUUGCUCACUGGCUGCUCCACCUUUGAAGAGGCACUGGAAAUGGCUUCAAGGGGGGAAAGCACUUGUGUGGAUAAACUGGUCAGAGAUAUUUAUGGGGGUGACUAUGAGAGAUUUGGUUUGCCAGGAUGGGCUGUUGCUUCUAGUUUUGGGAGCAUGAUGUGCAAAGAAAAGCGAGAUUCCGUCUCAAAAGAGGAUUUGGCUAGAGCCACACUAGUCACCAUCACGAACAACAUAGGUUCAAUCACACGCAUGUGUGCCCUAAACGAGAACAUUGAGAGGGUGGUGUUUGUUGGGAACUUCUUGCGGGUGAACACAUUAUCCAUGAAGUUGCUGGCGUAUGCAAUGGACUACUGGAGUAAAGGCCAGCUUAAGGCGCUGUUCCUCAGACAUGAGGGAUACUUCGGUGCAGUUGGUGCGCUGUUGGAAUUGUUGAACUCAUGUUGAUCAGGGCUAUCACCUCAACACUACAACCAAAAGUCUCAGUAACUCUGACCAUUAUCACAGAUGGCUUUUUCACAAUUACCCCAUGAAAAGAAGUAAUGCUACAUGUAUUAAUAGUGAACAUUAGUUGUGUGUUAUGUUAUAUUGUGGCUCUGGUCCCUAGGUGAUGACUUUGGUAUAAAAAUAAUAAUAAUUUAUGUAUAGUCAGUUGUCCACAUUGUCCUCUAGAUUAUUUGUGGCCUAGGAUAUUUCCAUGGUAGCCCUUUUGCCAAGGAUAGUUUACUGCCAAUUCAACUAUCAGAUUAUUUUGUUAGUGCCAUGAUUUUUAACAUAGGCCAUGAUUUAUAUGAAUCCACACACAAGCAAACAUGGUCAGUGUAAUAUUGGUAAAGGAAUAAGGCACUUUUAAUUAAAUGUACAAAAGAAAAUGCAAUUCUUAUAUGAAAAGACAUCAGAGACCAAGUCAGGCCAGUCAGUACGUUCCCUUUGUACUAAUGAUCAUAAAUGAGGCACAUGCUCUUCGUAGGUCAAGAUGUCAUACAUUAUUAAAAUGUUUAUUAUCUGUACAUCCUUCUCACUAUUUUAAUGAUAAAGUAUGAAAAUUUCAAGAAAUUGUAAAUAUAAAGUUUAAAUAUCUGAGACAUUUAUUUUUGCUUUAAGUCUUUAAAUAUGGCAUACUAAUAGAAAGACAGUUUCGGCUAAAUUACUUGUAAAGUCAUGUUAUUUUACGAAGCAAAUUUCUUUAGUUUUGGGGCUGUACACAGUGAAAAUCUUUUGUGGAAAUAUGGUGCAUCAGCUUUAACUUAUCUAGCCUGUAAAUUUAGGUAUUUCCUUCUAGAGAGCAUAUUUAUUAUAUUGUCUGUUAGGAAAAAAAAUCACAAUAGCUCUGGAAAUCUUGACCUGCAACCAUGUAGGGAUUAACAAAAAACAUGAAAGUUACAGGGAUUGUGGUCCAACAGUUCUUUACCUCACAGGAAACUGUAAUUUACUUUCCAAAGUUUUUGGUAUGUUUAGGAUUGACCUGAUGACUAUAUAAGACAGUCACAGGUUAGUGUGCUGUAUGACACUAGAAGUGCCUAACUAAAAGACAAUCAAUGUGACAAAGCUGCUUUAAAUGCUACUGAUUGCCAUCUUUAAAGAUAUUUAAAGUUUGUUUGCAAGGAUUGGAUUGAGACCUACCUUUGUACUUUUUGUUACCUUGUUUUGUAAUAAAAAUAUUUGAAUUAUG